CCGUUUAUUUUUUAUGCUUUUCAAUAAUAAACGACAAUUUUAAUGGAUUUUAUAAGAUAUUUUAAUAUAAAAUAAUUUUUUGUAAGUAUGUAUAUCAUACAAUAGUGUAAUAGUACCAUAGACAUAUUAUUGUGGACAUGUGAUUAUUACCUGUUAUUUCAUACAUGUAAUGUCUGAUAUCUAGUUAUUAACUAUGAUACAAUUUAGUUAAAAUAAGUGGUUAUAGCUAAAAUUAUUUAUACUGAAACAUUACACAGUAACCUUCAAUAAUUCUUUCAUUUAAUACAAAAUGAUAUUAAAUGUUCUCAAACAGGUUACAACAUACUGUCGACGUCCUUUAUUUAAUGAGACAGUGAGAUUAUAUGCAAAAAGAAUAUGAGAUACCAAUUUGCCCUGAUUUAAACAUACAAAUUAGAGGAUACAAUUAUCCUGUACUUGAGAAUUAUCAAAGCUUUGUUCACAAAAUAGCAAAAGUAUUUAAUUUUACUAUUGAUCAAAGCUUUCCUAUGCCACAUAGAGAAUAUAAGAUAAAAAGAUAUAAGAAAGGAGGUACUAUAGUCGAUGCUGUAUAUGAUUUAAAAAUUUAUGAGAGAGAUAUACAAAUAUCAGAUAUGUCAUCUAUAAAACUUCCUAUUCUUAUUAGAAUAUUAGAAGCAACUUUACCCGAAGGUGUUUCUUUACAUGUUGAUAAAUAUGAUCCAUUAUUGGAAAAGAAACGUCUUAUACCAAAUAGGGAUUUGAUUGAUAUCAAGAAAGAAUUAGAUGAAUUAAUUCAAAAUAAAGGAAAAUAAGAGUAAUAAUUACUAAAAAAUUAUUAAUUUAUAUAAGAAUAAAAAAUUAGUUUUGUGUUGUAACUGGAAAAAAUAUUGAAGCAAGUUUUAUAAUUCAUAUAGCAAUAAAUAAAUAAUUCAGUUACGUAAUUUGAAAAUAACUUUUAUUGUGUAAAAAUUAUGUACAAUAUAAAAGUAUACAUGUGCUUAUUCAAGUUUUAUGUAUAUGUAAAUAUAGAAAAUAUAUAUACAUAUAUAUAUUUUCGUAUUUAAAUUGAAAUCUUCUUUUUAUAAUAGUCCAAAGUGUACAACUUUUAUUUUUGAACCUUCUUCUUGUCUUGAAGAUUCCUUCUCUUUGUCAUUAAUAGUUUCUUCUAUAAAAUAUAAUAUUAUAUAUUUGAACAUUAUUAUAAUUAUUGAACUAUAUCACUUACUUGGUAGUGGUUGAAAAUCUUUAAGAUAAUCUUCAUUUCCGAGGCACAAUGGAAGACUUUCUGCUAACUCCCGUUUAGGAUCAGUUAAAUGUACUUGAGUAAUUGUGGAACGUUUUUGUUUAUGUGAUUGACCCUAGAAAUAUAAUAAAAAAAGUGAAUAUCA